AUGCCCGUCAGCUACUUGAUUCUGCUCUCCCGACAGGGCAAAGUGCGCCUUGCUAAGUGGUUCACCACUCUCUCUCCCAAGGAGAAGGCCAAGAUCAUCAAAGAUGUGACCCAGCUGGUUCUGUCGCGCCGGACGCGAAUGUGCAAUUUCCUCGAAUACAAAGACUCGAAAGUCGUCUACCGUCGCUAUGCCUCUCUCUUCUUCAUCGCCGGCUGCUCAUCCACCGACAACGAGCUGAUCAACCUCGAGAUCGUCCACCGUUACGUCGAACAGAUGGACAAAUACUACGGAAACGUGUGCGAGCUGGAUAUCAUCUUCAAUUUCCAGAAGGCAUACUUCAUCCUGGAUGAGCUGUUAUUGGCGGGAGAAAUGCAGGAAAGUAGCAAGAAGAAUGUACUACGGUGCAUCAGCCAGCAGGACAGCCUGGAAGAUAUGGAGUUUCUUCCUCUCCCAGAGUUUGAGGAUGUCACAAGUUCUCUGAACUUCGAUACCACCGACUGUCAUAUCGUGGGUGGGUGUGAUUUGUACACGACCAAGGCUGCGCGAUCCGACCGGAAGCUUUACAACCACAUCGAACAAUCGCUCGAAGCCCAGUAUGAAUCAAUCCUUCGCCUCUCUGCCUCUUUGUCUCCACCAAAUGCCCACGAGGCCGCCGAAACCCUGAAUCUGUCACGCUCAAGUCCAUUCGGGCCCCUGAGUGAGCACUCGAGCCGUCGCACGUUCGCCUAUCUCAUUGCCACGCUCAAUGCAAGCCAUUCAGACUACGAUUUCUCACAUGUGCUGCGACCCACCGAUUUCCGCCGCGAGCGCCACCCCAAGCGUGUCAUGAAUACGAUAAAUUCAACGCUAUACAAUUUGCGGCCUCGCGAGUCCAUUGAUUUCUCUCCUUCAUCCCCAGCGACCCUUUCGGGGUCAUACAACAGCAGCACUCCUGCCUGGGGCCCGCGGAUGUGGAGGAUCAUGGACGACCACAUGUCACUCAAGGAGUGCUCAGUUUACUCGUACUCACCGGAGGAGGAUCCAGCCGACGCUGACGACGGAGCGAUCUGGAGUCUGCAUUACUUCUGGUUCAACCCCUUGCGGAAACGCGUUUGCUAUCUCUACUUGCGAGCAAUCCCCAUUCUCAGCCAUAGUCCUCCCGAGGAUAGUGAGAUGGCCGUGACGCCCACAGGCAAGCGAAACUUCGACGAUGGAUACUUGACUCCAGACCUCAGCUCCAGUAAGCGAGCGCGCUACUGGCUUGGAAGCCGAGUGGAGUCUUCGCUACGUCAUCAACAAAGCGACGAUGAUGACCUGGAUCAUCAACCUCCGCGUCCUGUGAUAGAGGACGAGGACCAAUUCAUGCUCAGUGAUGAAGAGAUUCGCUCGCGCUCACAUAGUAAGGGUAUGGUGAGAGCGAUGAGUGAAGAGAUUGCGGAUGCGAUGGAAGUUUAG